GGCCACAGUUUCGAGUGAAUCUGUGGUGCCAUGUGCUAUAAUGUGAACAUUAUUUCCGAGAUAAUUUCAGGAAAAUGAAUAACAAAAAUGAUGCCAAGUGGCGCCCCAUCAGCAUAACCAACCCUUCUAAUCGAUUGCGAAACACCAGGAACAUGCCACAAUGGGUGAAUAAAAGCGGAUCGGGUGGUCCCCCACCACCACCCAUACCAACAGAUGAUGCAAAAUCAAAAAUUUCCAAACAUGGAAAAUUUCCAGAACCGGACUAUGAAGUUAUUGAAUUUGGGCAAUAUUCCAAUGCUCCUUUAAUGAACAAAAACGGAAAUACAUACAAUGAUGGUUUGCACUGCCAACUAUGUGGUUCACCAGUACCAGCCCUUAAAUGUGAUCAAUGUGCACAAAUAUUUUGUCCUUCUUGUGAUGACAUGUUUCACAGACACCCCAAGCGACAUACCCAUAUCAGAAAGGCAAUCGAUCUUCGUCAUUCCCAGCCGUUGCUACCCCCGUUACCCCCGAAAGGAGAACCAGCUGUACCCCCCGUACCCCCGCCCAGACGCAGAAGAGCAGGGUCUGUAGGUCCAUCCCCAUGUCCCAGUCCAACACCUUCACGAGCAAAUCAGGGAAUAGGAUCGUUACUGAAAAAAGACAACUUGUUUUCAUUCAAAGAUAAGAUGGGAAGUCUUAAGAAGAUGAUGGGAUCAAGACCUUUGCCUCCCACUCCGCCACCGUCAAAUCACCCCUAUCCCAGGGCAUCACCUGAUAGAAUGAGUGUUUCGAGUCCUAGUCCAUCUCUGCAACAAAGAUACCGCCAGCACCAAAUGUUCAUGAGGGGCACGACACCGAAUUUAUCUUCGAAUUGCGACGAUUUUGAUCAGCAAAGCCGAAACAGCUGUUAUCCAGAUUCCGACAGGGACAGAUGGAGCCAAACAACAGGCAGACCUUUACAGAGGAAAUUCAGCACGUUCUCGAUACCACCAUCUCAAAAGCAUCACAGUGCCUCUGUUUUCGACCUGAACAACAUUCCUCACCAACAUCAACAUCACGGCUUUGUUCCAAUGCAACAGGCCCAUUCAACCGCCCAUCUGAACUACCCUCCGUGCUGCCAAGGUCAAAUGCCGCCGGAACAAUGGGGUACCUGGGGAGAACCCAGGAGAUCCGGUAGUAAUAUGAGCUUGAACAUGGUACCCGGUGCCUACCCUAUGAACCCCAUGUGGAUGGGAACCUGGCACGGUCCGCCUCCCUCCAUGUACCCAUACCCUAUGCCGAUGAAUCAAGUGGCUCACAACCAAUCAAGACCAGCAUCACCCACCCAGAGCGUCAAAUCAAGAAAAUCCACGUUGAGCAGGAAGAGCAGAAGGAAGUACAAGCACAGCGAUUCCGACGAAGAGGAUGACAGAAGAUCUACUUUCAGUUACCACGAUAGGAACGAGAGGAAGAGUUCCAGCAGCAGAUUCACCGAUAGGAAAAGAUCCCUGAGGGACCCUAUGUCCGCACCUCGGGAAGUUCAACGAAGGAACACCAUAGACUUGGUGGACAGGGUUUCGCUGAGUAGAGGACGUCGUAGCGUUGCAAAAUCCAGCGAUAGUGACGAUGAGUACCAAUCGGAAAGCCAGAAAGAAAUAAUAGAGGAAGAUUCGUCUGAAGAGGAACAUUUGGAUAAGCCUGUGUUGAAAGUGGAACCCGAAAUGUCCUGGGAAUGCGAACAUUGCACCUUCGUCAAUGAUUUCGACACCAAGAUCUGCUCGAUCUGCUGCAAAACCAGAACAGACGCUGCGAAAUCGGUCGAGCAACCUGAAGAGCCGAACUUUCUCUCUCCCAAGAACUUACCACCGUCCAAAUCCAAAAAGAAAGAACACAAGAUGCAAACCAGCGGAUCAUCGGACAACUACAGCAGAGACUGUAGCGAGACAGAGUCUCUGAUGAACAAACUGGGAAACCUGAAAAUGCCCAAAGAUGAGAUAAAGAAAGAGAUGGACCAGAAGAAAGGAGAAGAAGAUCUAGAAAUAUCGACCAGUGAAAUUGAGAAAGAAAACGUAGUGCCGAAUGUUGAUAAAAACGUUAGCAAAGACCAAGAAGUGUUCAGUAAAGUCUCACGCUGUGACGGAGUUUCGCAAACGCAAACUGUAAUAAGACAAUCGAGUUUGAAAAACAGUGAAAGUGAACCAAAGGUUAAAACUAUGAGUACUUCGACGUCUCCUCCACCUCAAGGCGCUGCCACUCAAACAUACGAGGAUGUCCCUCUGGUGUCCAUGGACAACGAUAAGAUUACUAGGAGUAGACCUUCGAGCAGGAACCUCAAGAGGAAUUUGCAAAGAUCUCGUUCUCUUCACGACUCUUCCAGGAAAGGUUCCCAGUGGUCACUUUAUAGGUCAUCCAGUAGACACUCAUUCACCACAGAUUCUCAGAGUUUACCGGGAAGUAGAGAACAUAGUCCCUCCCCUUUCGACUACCCUGAUAACGUCUACAUCGAAAGAACUUCACCAAGAGAUAGAAGACCCAUGGCUUCUAGAAGAUCUUCUAUAUCGGACGUGAGGAGACCGGAUGCCAGAAGGAGACCAUCGAGGGAUGUUUACAUGGAUGGUUCCAAGUCUUAUUCGAAAGAAAUUCGACCAGAUUUCGCCUCAGAUCUCAGCUUUCAAAGACACGAUACUUACAAAGCCCAAGGCAUGGAACUGGUGAAGCUUCUAAGGGAAGCGGAGCAAUACAAGUUCAGUGCAGACGAGGUCCAGAUAGCACUGAACCAAUGCAAAGACAUGAAUCCUAUAGAAUGGUUGAAGCAGAAUUGGAAGACUACGCUAACAAGCGUGGUAACUCUCGCUACUCAGAUGGGUCGAGAGAUGCCGAUGAACAUUAUCGGAACCAUCUCUGAGAAAGAGGCUCGUGAAGCUUUGAUCCUCCACAAAGGUGUCUUGUGGCCUGCUGUGACGGAGUGCGUUGAACAGAGGCAAAAGAAGUAUGCAGAAAUUGCCUCCAGGGGAGAUUACAGCAGGGAGGACAUAGUAACAGUUCUGACUGCCAAUCAUGGGGACUUGGAAACGGCUUACAGCGAGCUGAACAAGACCCAGCUGAAGCCGUUUCUGAUGAGGAUCUGGGGACCGCCUGUAGGCACUGAUAACGAGUCAGGUAACGAGGGGGUGCUGCUGGAGAAGGUGAGGGGUGAAGAAUUGGUCCAUAUGACUGCGGAAAAUAAAACGGCAGAUACAGCGGUGAGUCCUCUCUCAGAUUUAUUAGCGAUAACUCUACCCCCAGCCACCUCACAAGUAAGUACCCAACCAACCGUCGAACAAACACCACCCGGUAUAUCUCCUCCUCCACAUUCCACAUCGUCGUCGAACCUAACGGAAGAAAUCGCCUUGCUGGAAACUGAAAUCACCAAAAACCUGUUGGACCUCAACGAAUUCAACAGCAACAUCGAGAAAGAAAUCAGGAAUGGGGAACCGAAGACCAACAAAAACCACGCGAAAAAUAAAAUUUACGUCGAGAAAAGCAGUACGGUCAUACAAGUCCUCGAUAAUCCCGGUGAAGACGAAGGUGAAAGAAAAAAAGUUGACUCGGAAUCAGAGUCGGAAAUAAGUGACGACGAAAACAUAAACGAAGAAUUUUCGGAUGCCGUUGAGAAUUUUUUCGAGUUGGAGAAUAGUUUUUCCCCCGAUCAGAUUCUUCCGCAAAGGACAAGUGUUAGUACUUUGAAUAUCGUGUUAUCUAGUAACGCGGAAAGUCCUGUAAAUUUGCCUAAAUUGGUCCAAAACGAGGGGGAAGCUGAGGAAGAGAUCGUAGAAAGCAUUGCAAGGAUUAUACUAAAAAAAGAAUCGGCAGAGAAAGAAAACAAAUCAAAUGGGAAGAUAGGAACAACAAAACAAGAAACUACAGCGAAAGAAACAAUGAUCAGUGCCAACUCAAAUGAAUUGAAUGAAAGAUUACAAACCACAGAUACUGGAAAUUCUUGUACAGAAGGGGAAAUUCUAGCAGAGGAUUCCAAGAAUAAUAACGUGACCGAAAAUAUAGAAAGGGAUCAGAGUGAAACCGAUGCUUUGAAUGGUAAUGCCCAAAAGAGUGCAAUUAAAAUCCAACUUCCCCAAAAUUUUCAAACAGUAAUAACGACACCGAAAAUCACACUAAAAAACGAGGAAAAAUCAAUAGAUGCAGAUGAAACCGACACAAAAGUUCCAAAUAUAAAUGAGACUGACAAAAUAGCACAACCAACGAACUCAGUUUUGUUACUCGAAAAUGAACCAAAGGAAGAAAACAACAAUCAAGCAAUGUUGGAGCAAGAACAAAUAGAAAUUCCAACGAACACAGCAGUGAUCGAAUCCGACGAAUUUGAAACGCAACUAAAACAGCUUCCUCCUGAAAAACAAAACAUUUUACAUGCAGACUGCUCAGCAGAUUCACCAGCACCUGCAGAAGAGAAUAAGGAGAGUCAAGAAAAAAUUGAGAAGGUAGAAAGAGGUAACUCACAAAGUGACCUGAACGACAAAGAAACCCCAGACCAAACUUUAAGUGAAUCGGGAGAUAAAAAAGAUACAAAGAUGAAAUAUAAACGGUUUCUCAAACUAAGGUUGCCAAACGUUCGAACUAGAAGACCAGUUAGAACCCCUAAGAAAAAAUCGAGAAGCUUAGUGAGAAAAGCGUCUUUAUCCUGCGUUACAAAUUCUUCCGACGAUGAGAGUAGCUCUGAAAGUAACGUCAAUCCAUCGAAAACUGAAGAAACACACAACAGUCAAAUCCCUGUUUCGGGAGAAUUGCCAACUUCAGAAGGGAGAAUAAACGAUAAAGAAGAAAGAGUUGCUGAAGAGUCAGUGGAGAAAAACGUGCAAGAAUGUGAAGCCGAUAUUAUUGAGGAAAAAUCGAAAGGAGUUCCUGAUGCUGGUGAAGAGAUAUCAGGAUAUACAGAAAAACCUGAAAUUCAACCCACAGUAACAGGGGAAUCCGAAGAAAAGUUCAUAGAAGACGCAUGUGAAAUCAAUGCCCCUAAGGAAAAAACUUCGAGUCUAAAACGAAAAAAAGGUUUUCGAAAAAGGAAUAACUUGACGGUUAACGUGAACAUCAGUAAAUUAGCCAGAAUACAAGCUGGAGAGACUCCUGAACAAGGAGAUAAUGAUAAAUCCUGCUUCAUAACGCCGAAAGAUACAGAACCUUCCGAGGAAACAGCUGUUACUCAAAGCCAACCGAAAACCGAGAAGACUGAACCACAAGAAAAACUUACGAAGUCUCAGAAUCCACUCAUACCAAAAAGAUCGAAAAUACCGAUAGCUACUAGACAAAAUUCGAUACCAAAGCCUGAACCCAAACUGGAGAAGGAUGGAAACGUGAGCAAAAUUCCUGUAAAAGCAACGAAAGAUAAACAAACAGGUACCAACACGACCAACAAGGUACUGAUGAGAACAUCGAAAAGUGAACCUAAAGAUACCACAGCAAAGGAAAAUGUUGAGUUGUCAAGAGCCAGGAGUUUAACACCAAACGAUACGAAGUCUAACAAACCGGAAGCAGUGGAGAAACAACGAAGACAAAGACAAAAUUUCGCAUCGAACAAGAUGAGUUCAUUCGAGUCCACCAGCUCCAAACAAUACUCGUACACCAAAUCACUGGACAACGACAGCGAUUCUUCAGUCUCGGACAGCAACGUUGAGGAUCUCCUGGAGUAUUCGGACGGUGACAGCUACGAAGAAUUCGAAGAAGAAGAUUACGAAUCCACCAAUCAACCUACAUCGGACGACUACGAGCAAUUCGAGGAGAAAUUCAACAAGCUGAACGAGAAGCUAGAAUUGAAUCUGUCGGAGAUCAGUGCUAAGGUUGAAGAGCUGACGAGCAAUAUAAGUCAGCAAACCGAUGGAUACACGCCGAGUCACAGGUAUAUAGACGAUACCUGCGAGUCCGAAGAGGAACUCGUGGAUAGGGAUGUGGAAAUAGGAGAGGGCGGGGACGAUAGACUGAGAAAAAUGGAAAUUUUGAGCACCGAUUUUCAGGUGGAGUUCAGGCAGCCCACCGAGAGCGAGGAGAGGGAGCGACAGGCUCGGAGAUUCUUAGCAGAGAGACAGGUGAACAGCUAUCAAGAAGCUGAACUAGCUGCGAACCUCAUCGGUCUGAAAUUCUCGACUGAAGAAGCUUUGGAGGCGGUCAAAGAAUGUAGCACUCUCGACGCUGCCAUAGCCUAUUUGCAGCAGGAUUGCGAGCUAUGUGCUGGAAAAUAUCCCAUGAAUAAAAUUGUAUCGAUGCUGAAAUGUGUGCACAGAUGCUGCUUCGAAUGUGCCAAGAACUACUUCACAAUCCAAGUGACUGACCGAAGCAUCAUGGACUGCACCUGCCCCUUCUGCAAGCACCCGGAGUUGUCCAGCAACGAACUGUCUGAAGACGAGGUUUCGGACUAUUUCUCGAAUUUGGACAUCCUUCUCAAAGGGAUUCUGGAGACCCAGGUUCACGAGUUGUUCCAGCAGAAACUGAGGGAUAGGACGCUGAUGCAAGAUCCCAAUUUCAAGUGGUGCGCACAGUGUUCCUCAGGUUUUUUCGCUAAUCCGAGGCAGAAGAGACUCAUGUGUCCUGAUUGUAAGGCGGUGACUUGUGCGGAAUGUAGACGUCUGUGGGAAAAGCAACACGAAGGCAUCUCCUGCGAGAAAUUCGCAGAGUGGAAAGAGGCCAACGACCCAGAGAACCAACAGUCGGCGGUGGCGAAGCAUUUACAGGAAAACGGCAUAGAUUGUCCCAAGUGCAAGUUCAAGUAUUCGCUGGCCAAGGGUGGAUGCAUGCACUUCACCUGCACCCAGUGCAAGCACGAAUUUUGUUACGGUUGUGGAAAACCGUUCAUGAUGGGUGCGAAAUGCGGACUGAGCGCGUAUUGUGGUAAAUUAGGACUGCACGCCCACCAUCCGAGGAACUGCCUGUUUUAUUUGAGGGACAAGGAGCCGCAAGAGUUGCAGAAACUUCUGAAGGAUCAUAAGGUAGCUUUCGAUACUGAAUCCAAGUCGAACAGAGAAGAUGCGUCGUCAAGAUUGAAAUGUUGCAUUCCCCUUCAAAGGGAAACUCCCAAUGGACUGAUAGACACUGUUUGCAGCAAUGAAGUACUGGCAGGACAGGCUGGAUUGUGCAAGCUUCACUACAUCGAAUAUUUAGUUGGGCUCAUUGGCAGGCACAAAUUGGACCCCGUUACAAUAUUGGAUUUGGCCGAAGUUAUUCAAGAACUUCGCAGAAGGGGAAAAGAGCUACCUGAACGGUCGCCGUCUUGCAAUGAUCAACAAUAUAAAGAAAUUUGUGUGAAGAUCGUGAUGGAGCAAAUACCACUGGAUUGAUGCAGCAAAUCGAAUAGUCCCGUUUAUUCCAAGUGAUCACUUUCCUGGUCGAUUUUUAUUUUUUUUCAUAAACAUAAUAAUUUAACAAUAUUUCCAAAUAAAUUGUCUAUUGAGCAAUAUAUACAUAUAUAAAAAUAAAA